AGGCACAGUAAAAAAAAAAAAUUAGAGCGGAAAAAGUUUCUGCGAGUGCCAGUUGCAGUUGUGCCGUGCCGGCCCCUAAAAGAAAGGAUAUAAAUAACCUACAAAGCCCAAAAAAGUUUAGAACUCGGAAAUUGUUUUAAAUUUUGUUUAUUACCCUAAAGUUCUAUUUAUUCAAUGGUCAAUAGUGGAAUGGGAGAUAGGGAUUGGCGACCUUUCGUAUACGGGGGCCUCGCAAGUUGUGUUGCCGAAUUUGGUACAUUUCCAAUUGACACAACAAAAACCCGAUUACAAAUCCAGGGACAAAAGUUGGACAAAAAUCACUCGAAACUAAAAUACAAUGGAAUGGUGGAUUGUUUUUUCAAAAUAAUCAAACAAGAAGGAUUCUCAUCUUUGUACUCGGGUAUUUGGCCAGCAGUAUUACGACAAGCGACUUAUGGUACCAUCAAGUUCGGCACUUACUAUUCGCUGAAAAGUAUUAUUUUAGAACACAAUAAGGGCCAGGAAAGCAUAGGCGUCAAUAUUGUAUGCGCAGUAAUUGCAGGAUCUUUUUCAAGCGCAAUCGCCAAUCCUACCGAUGUACUUAAAGUUCGCAUGCAGGUGCAAGGAGCCGCAGGCAGCGUUGGAUUGGUAGAAUGUUUUAAGGAUGUCUAUACUCACGAAGGAAUCUCGGGUUUGUGGAGAGGUGUAAAUCCUACAGCCCAAAGGGCGGCAGUAAUUGCGGCAGUUGAAUUGCCAGUAUAUGACUUUUGUAAGAGUCAUCUUAUGAAUGUUCUUGGAGAUAAGGCUUCCAAUCAUUUUUUAUCUAGUCUUAUUGCCAGUUUAGGAAGCGCAGUAGCUUCAACCCCUCUGGAUGUUGUUAGGACUCGUUUAAUGAACCAAAGAAAACUGAAAAAAGCAGGAAAUACAGUUCCUUAUAAAAUCUACAAGGGAACCUUGGACUGUUUUGUGCACACAUUCAAAAACGAAGGUUUCUGGGCAUUUUAUAAAGGUUUUAUUCCCACAUGGGUCAGAAUGGGACCAUGGAAUAUUAUAUUUUUCGUCACCUUUGAACAGUUGAAGCAUUUUUAUUAGAUUUUGACACUAUUUAUAGACUCACUGUGGACAGUAGCUUAUUCCCAAGUUUUUUAAUUAUCAUUUACUUAUUUAUUUUUUAGAAUUAAUACCUAUGUAUAUAAGUAAACAUUUGAAUAAUAAUAAUAAAACAAUUAUUCAAACAUCAAUAUCUAAGUGUUAUUAUGUUGAAACUGGGUUUUGGUACAAAAGUGAUUGGCCUCUAUGGCAAAAAGUAUAGAACGAAGGAACAUUUCUGAAAGUUUCCCAUGAUUUGUUAUCCAAAUCAGCAGAGGCUCUUAUUUCUUUAAAUUCUCCUGCUAGAUUCAGUACUGCAUACAUUAUCAUGAACAAACUGGUAAUGGCUUGGAGAAUUAUCUAAAAAAAGUAAAUACA